GGGCGGAACUGACAUUAGCUUGUCCAAUGCGCGGUCCGGGGCCCCGUGUGGUGUGUGCGCGCUACACGUGUGCGGGUGGCGUGGGGCGUUGUUGGUGUUACCUCCACCACAAAGCCAGCUCGCCAGCAAGUCAGCAAGCAUCACCGUACCUACAGCCCGAGGGCGGCCGCAGCAGAAGCAGCGGGCGAUAUUUGAAGUUACAAUCGCUCAAUUGCUAUUAGUUUCCCCCCUAAACCCCCCCUUUAAUGCGCGUACUGCGACCACAACGAGCACAACGCAAAUGGACGCUAGCGCGCGCGACUCGUCGUUCGCGAACAAUAGCAGCGGCGGCGGCGGCGUCGGCGGUAACAACGCGGAGAACAACAGCUGGACGAAGAAGAGGAACGCUUUGAACGAUGACCACCGUCGUGGCGGCGAUGGGGACGACGACGACGCGAGCGACGAAGCUUCGUUGAAGCAGAUGAAGCUCUGCGUCGAUGACCUGGGCUGCCAGCUUAAAGUUCUGCGGCUCAACGACCAAAUACGCGAGCUGCAGACCAUCAUUCGCGACAAGUCGACCAGCAGAGGGGACUUCGUGUUCAGUGCCGACCGGCUGAUUCGCUUGGUCGUGGAAGAGGGCCUCAACCAACUCCCGUACAGCGACUGCACGGUGACCACCCCUACAGGUCACAAGUACGAAGGCGUAAAGUUUGAGAAGGGCAACUGUGGCGUGAGCAUCAUGCGGAGCGGAGAAGCCAUGGAACAGGGCCUCCGGGACUGCUGCCGCUCAAUCCGCAUUGGCAAGAUCCUCAUCCAGAGCGAUGAGGAGACGCAGAAGGCCAAGGUGUACUACGCCAAGUUCCCGCCGGACAUCGCGCGCCGGAAAGUGCUGCUCAUGUACCCCAUCCUCAGCACUGGCAACACGGUGAUUGAGGCGGUCAAGGUGCUCAUCGAGCACGGGGUGCCCACAAAGCACAUCUUCCUCCUGAGCCUCUUCUCCACGCCACACGGAGCGAAGUCGAUCAUUCAGGAGUUUCCGGACAUCACGGUGCUUACCACGGAGGUGCACCCCAUCGCUCCGACUCACUUUGGGAAGAAAUAUUUUGGGACCGACUGAGUGGGGGAAGAGAGAGGGAGGAGGGAGAGUGAGUGAGACUCCCCCCUCAUGGCUGCAUGUGGUGGCUAUGGGCAUUUUCUUGACGUUUUGUUUUAUUAUUUAACAUUUUCACGUGAACUACAGGGUGAUCCAUUCAUGUUGUGACGGGACAUUCUCCCCAUUCCUCAGUCUUUGAUGCGCGUUCGUUUAUGUUUUUAAUUCGAACGCGCGUCAUAGAAUAUUUUGAUUUCGCUUUUCUUUGCAGUGGCACACUUUCCAUGCGUCGUCUCCUGCAACAGACGUGUGCGUGGGGCGGCGUGUGUGGGGAGUGGUAGUGUAGCGUCGGCACGCUGUGCUACGAACCCGGCGACCAGAGUUUGACAACACCAGUGACGAUUAUCUAAACUGGUCCUGGGCCCUCCCUAUAUUGACUCAGCCUCAAAUGAGUAACUGGUGCAGUGUGUAAACAUCGCCACGAGGGAGACAAAGGCGUUUGGGCGUGGUGUUGCCCACCCAGCCGCCCGUUUGUGCUGUGCCGGCCCUCAUAGGUGCAACUCGCUAACAGCACUUGUCUCAACAGUCUGCUAAGGCUAUAUGGGGGAUCUUUGUCUUAAGGGGGUGUGAGAACCACAGAUCCGUGAAUCGCCACCCACGCUUUCACCUUCUCCGUUCCUCUGUAACAUAUGGAGCCAUGACUUCCAGAAAAUUCGGUCGAGGCAUCAACUCGUUCGUACAUUUGGUAGUCGUGCCAUUCACCUACAGCGCAAAGUGAUCACCAACAGAUAGUUGGCAGUAGUUUGUGACCAACAAUUUGACCAAGUUCUGUAGUGGGAAGAGACCGGAGCACAGAGAAAACCCACACGUGCAAGGGGGAAACGCUCUAUCCCAUGCAAGCGGAGCAUGUGUCGUCCAAAUUUGCUGUACCACCUCCUGGCGAGCCUUACAUUGGGCGCCACCUCGACACCCACGGGAAGGGAGUUUCACAUUGUGUGCGCACGAGCCACAAAACCAUUGCCCCGUGACGUUAGUUAUGAAUGGAUCACCCCGUAUCUUCCAAAGGGUUCUGAAUGAGUUUGGUGGAAGGCACAGGAGACGGAUGCGCUGUGUGUGCCAGCAUUUGAGCCAGGCACUCGCGUGUAGAUCGCACUGCAGCCUCGAACCGGUCAUCUGUGACUACCACCCUGCAACAAAAACUGCCAUUGUAGAAAUGAGUUUUUGGAAAUUAUUUUGCUCAGAUUAUAUGUUUAUUAACAUGUUUUUAUUUGUAAAUGUUUUGAAGGUGAUGGUCAUAUAUAUAUCUAUAUUUCUUUUGACUGGCACCUUGAAACUAAAAUGGAUUUGAUGCAAAAGUCAAGCCCCGCACUCCCACCGAUAAUAUAAUCCGACCGAGUGGAUUAAUCUCUCGGAAAGGUUUGUAUGUUUCGAUUUAAUGCUUUCGUGACUGCAGGGAUUCAUCUUCUUGGUUCUUUCGGUAAAGUCACGUAGAAUGGAAAUAAUAAAAUAAUA